UGCCCAGGCUGGGCUUGAACUUGUCAUGUUCCUGCCUCAGCCUCCCAGAGUGCUAGAAUGACAGAUGUGCACCACCCAGGGUCAGCUCCUACCCUAUCGUAAUGCACUUUUCCUCAGCACUUUCCUCCCUCUGCCGAGUGAGGGCCUGCCGUCUCCCACCCUCUGGAGGGGCUGGUGCCCAGCAGCUAGUCCCGAGGGAUGGGAAGGGGCCCCAGGCUGCCUGCUCACUGAGGAGCUUCCAGGGCCUCUGCUGUUCACAGCCUUCAGGUUGUGGUGACCUUCCCUUCUGUGACUUUUCAAGGAUCCCCAGGGAAAUGGAGCAGCGAACCCGACCUCCACACAGGGCUGGCUUGGUGGAGCUGCAGGCUGUGGCCACAGAGCGGGCUCGCUGUCCCUUACCCCGAUUACACCUGACGCGUUUCCGGCUUCUCACAGAGCAGCUCCAAAGCCUCCUCACCCCGGAGCUGCGGUGCCCGAGUCCCCAGCCCAGGGUUGCCGGGCGUGGGGAGGAGAGGGGUGGCCUCCUCCCAGCCCGCCUCUCCCCGCCCUCCCUCUGCUCCCUGCUAUGCAGCCCAGCCCAGGCUUUCUCAGCGGAGGAGGUGACCAGGGCUGUCCCCAGGAGCCACCACACCCCAGCCUUCUCUUGCUCAGUCCCCAGCCUGACCUGCCCCGCCCUCACUCUCCCAGGGCUGGCUCUUCUUACUUCCCGGAAGCUCAGUCUCAGAGCCACUUUGGGGCAUGACUGUCCUUCUGUGGCGGCUCACUGCAGCUCCUCCUCCUGCCACCGCCGUGCCACCACGGCUCCCCCUGCCUCUUCGACCCUCCUCCAGCUCCCCGGCUCCUGACUGCCUGCCCAGCCCUGCUCCGCUCACCCAGUGGAGCCUGCACCCUCCUGAGCUCCUGCUCGGGGGCCUGACAUCCUGGAGCUCACAAGGUCCCACAGCACCCGGGUGUGCACCCAUCUCGCUGUCGCCCAGGCGAGCUCCCCGCCACCCUGCCACUCUCUAAAGCAGGGCUGUCUCCUUGUCAGCUCUGUAGCCCUGACCCAGGGGCAGAGUACGCGCACACUUGGGCGUGGCCAGUCUGGUGACCCCCUGGCUCUGGCUGCCAGGUG